UUCUACAAACUGACCUUUUCAAACAACGUCUUUUCUAUUGGGUAACCAAAAACAAUGAACCAUCUAUAUAUACGGCAUAUAUUAAUUCAGUAUCUAAAUCACUAAGAGUCUCUUACAUAAACAUCAAUCCCAACAAAUCAUCUACUUAACAAAAAAAACAAAUCAUCUACUAUAAAACCCCACUCUGAGAAAAAUAAUCCAAAACAAUGUACUCUUCAUCGUCUGCAUCAAAAUUCGUCAUUUUGAUCCAUGUCUUUGCCAUGCAACUUCUCCAUAUAAACAGCGAAUUGCCCUUAAACACGACCAAUGCGUAUCUCAACCACAAAUGUUUGGUUAGUAAAGGAAAAUACAAGCCGGGAAGUGAGUACGAGAAACAGUUAAAAUUGACCAUAAAAAAUUUCUAUUCCGACAGUGGCAAUAAAGAAGGUUUCACCCUGUUAGGCUCUGAUGGUUUUUCCGCUAUCCUCCAAUGCCGCGGGGACUCCUACGGGAGCAAGUGCCGCGACUGCUAUGCCACCGCCGUUGCUGCGCUUCAUAGGAGAUGUCCGUGGUACAAGGCGAAAAUAAUAUGGUAUGACCAAUGUCUUCUCUCGUUUGAUACCAAAUAUUCUACUGGGCAGAUCGAUUACGACAAUAAUUUUUGUAUGUCGAACGCUAAGAAGUUGGGAGGAGAUAAACUCGCGUUUAUAAGGACUUGGAAUAUUUUCAUGGACAAUCUGACGACUUUAGCCAUCCGUGUUGAUAAUAAUGACACAAAAACAUCACCAUUGUACGCUGUGGGGGAGACGAAGUUCAAGGGUGAUAUGAUGUAUGGAAUGGUGCAAUGUACGAAAGACAUACCCGAAAAAGCUUGUGAGGAGUGUUUGGUGUUUAAUAGCAUUCAUUUUCAAUUUUGCUUGAAUGAUAAACGAGGAGCGAGAUUUAUGUGUAGAAGCUGUACUUUUAGGUUUGAGUUUUACCCUUUUAUUGCCAAGCAGGUCCGAAAUAUUUAAAGAGUUAAAUAAUUUUUUUUUU